CGCGGAGGGACGAGCCAGACGAGGGCGUCCGCGUCGCGAGGAUGUCCAGAGGGAGAGAUAGAGAAAGGGAGAACGAGGAGUUCCAAGGGCGUACGUCGGCCAGUUACGAGUCGGGGGACGCGAGCGACGCUUGCAGGCGUCGCCCUGGGCGCCGGUCUCCGAGAACAGAUGGAACCGAGCCGCGUACCGGGUCCCGGUCCGCGCCUCGUCUUCCUCUUCGCCACCCUCGUGUUGACCUUCGCAGCGACGGGGCUUCUAUGCGGUGCAAUAAUGUCAGAUCAUUGGGAAGAGAUCGGCUGGGACAAAGAAAUCCUAAUUCACACAAACGUCAAUCUCACGUGGUAUCUGGACGGUCAGGUGGCAAUGCUAAAGUCUUCCGUUUAUCAUCGAACUAAUCGUAUUACCAAAAGUUCGUCCUUUUUGGUCCCCAUGCACGGCGGAAUUUGGAUUAUGUGUGUUACAUUGUCAGAGGAAGAAAUACAACUAUUAGGUCAAGUGGGCUUCCCGCAAGAAAGAUGCAUCAAUUACUUGACACCGAGUGAAGCGCAUGAAGAAGUACGCGUAGCUUGGCAAAAUCGCAUGCAGAAUCUGAGUAUCUCGUGCUCUUUAGUGUGCCUAAUUAUUCUAGGAUGCGCCGCGCUUAUAGGAUUUUUCGGACUGUGCAGGCAUCAGAUAUCAGCCGUGCUCGUGACGGGAGUAAUGUACCUCCUCGCAGCAACAUUCGCGUUGUUCACGCUGACGAUUAUUCAUUUCAAGAGGGACCAUGAAAUUAAAUCAGUAGUGGACAGAGGUCCCGAGGACGGCGUGAUAGGCAUGCCUGUUCCUCGUAGCGUCCUCAAAGCCAGGAGGUUUACUACCGCGUGGAGCAUGGACCUGGGAUGGGGAGGAGUCACCCUCUGUGCCCUCGCUUCAGUCGCCUGGAUCCUCCUCAGUAAGAUCAUGCGCUUCAGCCCGAUCGCUGCCAUGAUCGCGUAGCAGUGGGACGCCUUCGAGGUCUAAGGUCGUUUCUGAUAACCACGAUAUUUCGAUCCCUCUUCUGCGAUUCUUUCAGAAAUAUUUCGAUAUUUUUCUAAUCGACAUGUAUCUCACGGUGGUGCAAAAGAUUUGUUCCUUUUCUGUAAAUUUUUCAAGUUCUACUUAUUUUGAUUUUCUAUAACACACAUAGAUAAAUUUUCAAACAAAGUUUAUUACUUAAUUAAAAAUAAUUUAUCUUGCCAUAUGUAUAUGUGAAGUUGAGGCGUAGCAUGUUAAGAAUUUUAUUAGUUUCACACACUGCAAUUUUCAAACAUCAAUUAUGUAAACAAUUCUUUGAAUUUUUAUAAUAGUUAUCUUACGUUGAAUAAAUAAUUUUAUUCAACUGUUUUCUUUAUAAAUAAUCUAUAUA